AUGCCAGCAGACCAGUGGACGAUGGAAAGUGGGAUCCCUUUAAAGACAACCAAGGCUGGGACGCAGGACGUGAUGCGGGCAACCAUGCUGGUUGGCGCGGAUGGGAUUCCAGCUUCGUCUCCGGUGAUCGAAAAGGACAUAAUCAAGGACCUCCAGGAGCCAGGACCUCCGAGAAGCUGCAAGUUCCGAGCUUCAGUGCUGAAGAUUCUGAAGAUCUGGGGACUUCCGCUAGAUCUUAUCUUCGUCAAGUGGAUGCAUGGAAGAAAAGCCUGGAUCGCAGCUGAGGAACUUAGCCUCAGCAAGCUCGGCGCAGACAGCGGUGUGCAGUACCUGGAGUCCUGGAUCACGGCCCGCUUCCUUGAUUUAGAGAUCACCAGGAUUGGGCGGGCGCUUAGCGAUUUCUUUAGACGACUUCGGAGACGGCAAGGGCAAACUGUACGUGAAUACAAUACAGAAUACGAUCGGCUCUAUGGACGUCUUCGAGAAGUAGGAUGUUGCCUUCCUGAAGAAUGUGCUGCUUGGGUAUAUCUCGACCGCCUACAACUAGAAGAGCCCCAAGAACUUAAUCUCCUUGCCAGCGUUGGGAACAAGUACGACUUGCUGAGGCUCCAACAGGCGGCAGUGCUCCACGACCGAGGGCGCAGGAAGCCUUGGGAGUCCAAUGCUGCCAAGGGUCGUCGCACGAACUAUGCCAACAUGACCGACGAGGUUGACCACGACGACCCCGACGACGAGACCGGCAACCUCACCGACGGAGAGGAAGGGAUCCCUGAGGAAGUUGCCCAGGCGUGGAUGACAUUUCGCAGCGCAAAGGACAAGUACAAGGCCCAGCAGCGCAACCGAGGCUACCAAGGUGAUGGAGAGCGGCCGCGAGAUCGUGGAGGCGAGCCUACGUUGAAGCAGAUGAAGUUGAAGUCGUUCUGCAGCGGAUGUGGACGGAGAGGUCACUGGCACAAAGACCCGGAGUGCCCCAACAAUCAGGGCGCCACCGCGGGCACCAAGGCCGGCGGCGGGAACGAUGGUGGAGGGCAAAGCCGUGGAGGAAAGGACCCCGCCAGGGAGGUCGCCAUGACUACGGUCUUGCCUGCCAGCAUCUGCGCUCUGAAGCAUGAGGGCCACUCGCUCAUGGCCGUGACGGACACGGCCUGUGCGCGAACAGUGGCUGGAACGCAAUGGCUGCAGUCUUACACAGACCUUCUUGCCGAUCAAGGAGAGCGACCAGCGCUUCACAAGGAAAACGAGGCGUACCGUUUCGGCACCGGCAAAGUGCAUGUGUCCACCUUCUAUAUCGUGGUGUGCUUUGAGCUCGGGAACAAGAUUGUCAAGGUUCGCACGAGCAUAAUCACAGGUGAUGUCCCCCUCCUGCUUUCCAAAACAGUGCUCGGGAAGCUCGGGAUGGUUUUCGAUGUUGAGAAAGGCAAAGCCGAUUUCAACAAAGUCGGACUUACUGACUACAUGUUGCUCACGACGCCAAGCGGUCACCCGGCGAUACCCAUUGUGCCCGCAAAGGCUGGCACCGGAGGGACUUGCACUCUCCAGAUCGAUGACCUCCGACUCGAGCCGCGUGAAGCAUACAUGGACGUGUUUGCACUUGCGUACCAAGGCCCCAACAGAUCCCAGCACACAGGAAUCUAUCAGCCCAAGAAGCUCGACCCAACCAUCACAAACCUCCUCAGUGAAGACAGCCUUGCUCAAGAUCCUUUCUUUGUGUGGUGGAAAAGUACUACAGUGGAUCGUGACUUCUGGCUAGAGACGGUGUCUUUGAACAACCAGCACAUCCGCAACUUUGGGCUGGAAGAACUGUCUUUUACAAGAAGGCCCGAGAACCUGUUCCUGAUCCCGCCCUUGCGAGCGAUGAGCUCCGAGCCAUGCCAGGGACCACCGCCGCCGAUCAGCAAGAUGACGAAGACCCAACUUCUGGCCGAGAGCUCAAGGUUGGGGCUGGUGGUGCACACGAGCUGGACGGUGGAAGAGCUUCGUGCGAUCAUCCGCGAGCACCGAGAGUCCAAGACGAUGCAGGACGGCAAGGUCGCGAUGCGAGGACUCUCUUCCCUGACGAUGCCGGAGCUGAAGGUGAAGGCCACCGAGCUCAAGGUGGACUUCCCCGAGCAACAUCACGAAAGGCAACCUCUUGAGGCUCAUAAGGGGAAAGAGUAUCAAGAGGUACCGGAUGCCUACGGACGCUGGGCGGUGGACGAGGUGAACGGGAACAGCAAUUCGAGCGCCGACUUGGUCAGGUUCGCGAAGUGGUGGCACAAGAACAAUGGCCCUCGAGCAGAUGCAGAACUACGCGCGCGAGGCCACGGAGGUCCCGCUGCCGCAAUCCCCGAGGGAGAGCGAGGACCUACAUCGUUGGCGAGGGUAUCCGGAGAGCUCGACCACAUCUCGUGCUCAAGACCAAAGGCCUCGCAUCCCCCCGUUGGCGUGGGAGAUGGAUCCGGGCACGCCACCCAAGAGGACCGGCGCGCACACUUCGGGGAGCUCGGCGGCAGGAUCGUGGGAAGCGGUGUCGGUUCCCUCCACCAAGAUUGGGCGCGGGAAGGGCAACGCCAAGACGACCAAGCGCCCCCAGGAGACCUAGGACAAACCCAUGGAGAGCGAGAUCGACCCGGCGGUGCUCGAGGAGAUCCAGGUGCUCCAGACGAGGCUGGCCCUGUUGAAGGACAAGGCCAAGAGCAGCAAUCAGUGAGCUAUGAAGAAAGGCCCGGCGCGCUCCCCCAACGCCUGGCCUGUACCGAUGGGGGACGAUGCUGUGCAGAAAUCUACGAGCAGGAGAUCAUCACCGACGAGGCUUUCUCCCGAGCCUACUCACAGGCUGAGGACGUCUACGCCAACACGCACCACGAGCCCCAGACCGACCUGUGUGGAGGAGACGGUGAAAGUACUGCACGCAUCGCUUAUAAAGAGGGCGACUUCACCUAUGCUCGCUGCCAACAAGUGCUGGACGCGGCGAGGCUUCCUCGACGAGCUCUACGAGCCAUGAACGACCCGGCCGAGAACGACCAGGACACCGCCUACGUGACGUUGGGUGUCUUCGUGCACGGUGGGGUUCGAGGGAUUACAACUGCGACCAAGGAGUACAACAGCUUGGUCCGCUACCUCAACGGCUUCGCUCGCCAUCACCUUCAGAGAGGCUGCAAGUGGAGCUCCAUCUCCGUCACCAAGAACAUAGCUUCCACGGUCCACCGGGACUCCCACAACAUGCGUGGAAGCAACAACCACUGCGUCACCCUUGGACAAGAUGGCGGUGGAGAACUGUGGAUCGAAAGCCCUGGACUCACCGAGAACGAAGCGAAGUUGAAUGAGAUCGAGUGGAAGCUCGAUAAGUCAGGCGCUUGGACUCCUGGGCAAUGCUUUGAUACUCGCGAGAACUUCGUUACCUUCGACCCCUUCCUGAGGCACGCGUCCAAGCCCUGGGAAGGUGACCGAUGGGGUCUCGUGUACCAUACAGUGCGAGGAGCGGACGAGAUCUCCGAGGCGAUGGACAAGUUCAUCCGGAACAGCGGCUUCCCCAACACCCACAGCUCAAUUACCAAUGCUGCUGGGAAGACUGGCGUCCUGAUGACCACCCUCAUUGUCGCGGCGAACUCCUACAUGACUGAGAUCUGUGGACCCCCACCGGCUCCGAGUCCAAUUGUCAUGAUGGAGAUCGGCGGCUACGAGGGGACGGUUGAGGCGACUGAGCUUGACAAGGCCGUACUGGAGCCAAUGAGCUGGGACGACCUCAAGGAUUCCGACCUACAGGAGACGGCACAUCACUUUGUCAUCGGUGCCUCCCCGAAAGAGCUUCGAAUCCACCUACGUGACAUGCCCGCCGGCUGCUUCUCUUUCGCAAAAGAGCUGAUACGUACCCAGCUUGACGAAGGCGGAGAAGUGGUGCUACGAGGCGAGGUACCCGGCAACCUCACCGACGACUUCAAAGAGGACGUGAGCUUCUUUACGAGUGGGGACGAAGAUAGUUGGAUGAUCCUCCGCAAGGCCAAAAAGGGACAGAAGCCGCUCCAAGGACCACAUGGACUACGACCUCACGAAGUACAAGCGGUUCAUGCCGAAGACCGACCAAAGGAGCCUCACAAGCUGGACGGGUCCGGGAUCACCUUCGACAAAGAAGUGGCAGCUCAUGUGCAGAGCUCACUACGGCGACUACACCAAAACCUCGGACACCCGAGGAAGGAGGACCUACUGCGACAUCUCCGGCUAGCGGGCUGUGAACCUCACAUUUGGAAAGCCGUGAAAGGGAUGAAGUUUGACCUCUUCUACGUGCACGACAUCAACGACAAGCGCCACACCUUUUUAUCCAUGGUGGACUGGGCGACCACCUACCAUGUCGUUUGCCGAAUGGAGAGCGAGACGGCCGAGGACGUUGAAAAGGCUUUCAACAAGAUGUGGUUGGGACCAUUUGGGCCCCCUACAAUGGUGUCGCUCGACCUGGAUCCGAAGAUCCAAAGCGGGAUGAGCAGACUGUGCGACUGGCACACCAUUCGUGUCAAAGAUGUGGCCGCUCAGGCCCACUGGCAAGCCGGAGUGACCGAGAGGCAAGGUGGGUGGUUCAAGGGCAUCUGGGAUCGAGUUGUACAAGAGCUCAGCGUGGCCGAGGACGAGGUGGAGCUGGCCGGUGCUUUGGUGUGUGCGGCCAAGAAUGAUCUUCGCAGACGAUGCGGACACUCGCCAUCGCAAUGGGUGUUCGGGAAAUCACCCAGACUACCGCCCGAGCUCAACGACCUGGACUCCGGGGAGGCCGUCAGCUGGGACCUUACGAGAGACUCGCAGUUCCAGCGAGCUACUGCCAUAAGAGCCAGUGCCCGGGUCGCUUUCCACAAAGCUCAAGGCGAUGAUCGACUCCGAAGAGCCCUCCUUCAACGUGCUCGCCCAGCUCAACGCGACUUUGACAUCGGAGACCCUGUCCACUAUUGGGAUCAGCCGAAAGAUCGAAGAAGAGCUCGAUGGCUCGGUCCUGGAGUUGUGGUCGGAAGACAAGGAGGGAGCUACUGGAUCUCCCGGAAUGGGAAGUGCAGAUUGACUGCACCCGAACAUGUCCGAGCCUCAGGACCCGAAGAAAUUGGCGAGUUCCUCACCAUGAAAGGGGUCAAGCGGGAGGUCGAAAAGCUACUCGCAGAGGACAUAGACGACCCCGACAUGUUCGACAACGACGAGCCCGAGGAGGACGUAACGAAGAAGGCCACGCCCGACAACGAGGACUACAGCGACCACCUUUCCGACUAUGAGCCGUCCGACUAUGACAACGGGAUCACCCUGGAUGGUGCAUUACCUGAUGACGGACAACAAUCGGACACGCCAAUGCCCGACCUCGUUCCUCCUGCACCACCUUCGAGGAGGCUCAAGCGCAAGACCCGUGUUGAGCAGAAAGACCGAGGAGGAGAUGAAGUUAUGAUGCUGAGGCGAGAUCUUACAAAGCGAGGUCACGCCAAACGCCAAGAGAAGGAACUGCUGCCCGACCCCUCUUCAAAGAAGCCGAACGGAAACAAUGGUUGGAACACGUCGACUAUGACGUCGGUCGAAGAGAGCGACCGAGUACGGGCGACGGUUCCCCCAUCGCGCAUCCUCAGGUCACGGUGGGCCUACAAGGACAAAAACUGGGCCGCUCGCCAAGCCGGCAACGACCCAGAGUGGCGAUGCAAAAGUCGCCUCAUCAUAGGCGGACACCUAGACCCAGAUCUCGGGGAGAAAGACCUGACGACGGACGCCCCGACCUUGUCCAGACCCGGGUUCAUGUGCCUUAUGCAACUUCUCGCGAACGGACAACAUGCACAAGAUGUUUGGGAAGUUGCUGCUGGAGAUAUCCAAUGUGCUUUUCUGACCGGAGGGUACCUCAACAGAGAUGAGCCCCUCUACCUCCACCAGCCGACCACCGGUUUCCCUGGACUCCUACCACAGCAGCUCGUGAAGAUCAAGAAGAACAUUUUUGGGCUAGCCACUUCCCCCCACGAAUGGUGGGAGGACCUCCAGAAGGGAAUCAAGCGGACCCCGAUCACCUACAAUGGGAGGACCUACGGAUGGGAUCAGUGUCCUUUGGAUCCGUGCAUCUUCAUGCUCAGGGAGUACGACAACGGCAAGUUCCAUGGAAAGCCCAUCGGCUACCUGGGCACACACGUCGACGACAUCUUGGUCGUCGCCGCCAAAUCGGUCAGCGACCUGAUCAAGGACGCGCUGUCCAGAACGUUUCCCAUUGACAAAUGGGAAGUGAAUAGACUGGACUAUAUCGGGUCCGAGAUUGUGGUUGAGAAUGGAGAGGUGAAGGUCAGCCAGACCAAGUACGUGGAGACGAGGCUGUUCACCAUCGACAUCCCCCGCGGAGUUUGCGAAGAAGACUUGGCCGAUCCAGAGACCGCCGCGGACAACAAGAGCCUCAUCGGAGCGCUGUCCUGGCUCUCAGCUCAAACACGACCCGACCUUACCUGUGGUGUUAGCAUUUCGCAACAACUACAGAAGUCACCUACCUACGGAGACGUGAAGUUCACCAACGUGGUGGCCAGUCGAGCGAUGUCCUACAAGCACCAUGGCCUCGUCUUUCGAGGCAUCGAUCCCGGGAAGGCCGCGUUCAUGGUGUACCACGACGCCGCGUGGGCUAACGUGUUGGAGGAGAACGAGCCGGGCUUCGAGCUGACCGAGGAGGACUACCGAGCAGGCCUCCAACUUGAAGGUCCGUACAGCAAGAAGGAGCGCAAAGCCAAGCGCAUUAACUCCAAGGUCGCCUCCCAGAUCGGCGCCCUCGUCCUCAUCGCCGACAUCGAGUCCGUUCGAGGCGGCAGAGGGAACAUGUCGGUGAGCGACUGGAAGUCCCGUGCGGGACAAAGGGUGUGUCGAAGCACAUUUGGUGCGGAGACACAAGCAAGCGUGGAAGGCUUGGAAGCUGCCCAGUACAUGAGAUCGUUCUUUGAAACCGUGAUCAAAGGCGAGCUAGUGAAGGUCGAGUGCGCUACGACACCUUUGCUAUGCCUGAGCGACUGUCGCUCACUCUAUGAUCACAUUCACAAAGAAGGACUACCCCGUGUGGCAAGCGAUCGAAGGCUAGCCAUCGACCUGGCAGCUCUCCGACAAGGCCUACGGUGGGAACGCUGGUACCCCAAGCUUCUGAUGGCAUGGGUCCCGAGCGCACUCCAGCUAGCCGACGUUCUCACUAAGCCUAAAGACCCCCACGAUUGGUGGGACAUGAUGUGCUCCAGACUCACUGUGGCCAUAGAGGUCGGUGAGCAGUCUCGAGCCAACAUUUUGAAAGAAGGAGAAGAGGUAACCAGUGUGGAGCACAAAGUGAGUAGUGGCACUGGACGCACUGUGCAUUUCCUUUCUGAUUGUUCUUACGACGAGUUGCACUAA